AUGGCGACUCUGCCCCACCAGGAAGGCGACUUUCGCCCUUCCGUCGUUCCUUCUAAGAUGACGUCGCCGUUGUUUCCUUCAGCAGAAGUCUUCUGGAAAUUUACUUCCAUGAAAGUUGCACAGUCGCUCCUAGCUCCUACACGGCACCGCAGUUUGCUGAGGCGGCUGAGGACGGCUGCACCGCUUCCAGACACUCCAUGCGACGAGGCCGCUGACGACGUUUCGCAGACCGAAGAAAAACAAAAGUCACCAUUAGAUCUUCCUUCCCCGCACCGGAAAAAAGAGGCUGAGUCGGCUGGACAGACACUCAGAGAGUCCAAUCCCCAGUUUCCAAGAGACAAAGUAAGCGGCCUGAACAUCGGGGGGGACGAUCCAGUUCUCAAAACUCCCGCCGUGCCCCUGUGCAAGUCGCAGACAGAAGGAAUCGCAGGAUCGCUCGGGAAAGAAGAGACGACCGUAGAGUGCGCAGGUCUGAAGGCUGACGAAGAACUCUGCAGAGGGCAAGAAAGCAAGCCUGGGGAAGAGGAGAAAGAAGAACGCAUCGAAGAGGAAGAUCACGUCAAACAACUUGUGGCGGAAGUGCGCCUCGGAAAUGUCAUCUUCACAGGCGUCGUCACCAGCCGAGAGACGGGAAUCAAUGUUAUUAAUGACAAAGGAGAGGCCCGGUUUUUGGCACCGGGGCCGCCUGGAGAACAGGCGCGGGAGACCGUCCUCCUGCAGUACAAAGGAGAUUUCCGCUCUUCGACGUUAGAAGGAGAAGGCCAAUUUACCUGGCAGGAUGGAAGUGUGUACAACGGUCAAGUGCUCAGAGGCAAACGCCACGGAUUCGGAAUCCUGACAUCUCCAGAUGGAGAAAAAGAGUAUCGAGGCAUGUGGAAGGAUGGCCAACGCAACGGUCAAGGUACUCUUCGGUAUGACCGGGAAGGAAUAUGCGAGUACACAGGAAUGUGGGUCAACAAUUUGCGGCAAGGUUGGGGAAGGCAGCGCUACCGUCGCGGCGUCUACGAGGGCCAGUGGAAGGCUGGCGUGAGGCAUGGCGUAGGCCGCAUGGAGUGGACUGAUCUACACAUCCAGUACGCAGGCCAGUGGCGCGACGGGGUCCCUGAUGGCUGGGGAGUUCAAUCCUGGACGCAAGAGAACUCAGCAGAGAGAUGUGCAGAAAGUGACGAGGACGUGGCCGACGGUCAGCUGCGCCUGAAUCGCUAUGAAGGUUGGUUUAAGAACGGCGUCCGAGAAGGGUUUGGCAUCUUCUGGUAUGCCAGUGGAAGUCGAUACGAAGGUUACUGGCGAAGCAGCAAAAAGCACGGACGAGCUCAGUAUGUCAAUGAGGCAGGCUGCGUCCAUGAAGCGGUUUUUGAGAACGAUCGUGUGGUCUGCGUCAGCGAGAGGUUCACCGUUCUGGAGAGCGGCCUGCACUCGAAGUCGCCGCUCUCUUUGUCUUCUGUGAACGUUUCAAAGAAACCGUUUUUUCCCCUUCCGAGUUCCUUUGGCACAUCCUGCACGUCGCUGUCUCCCACACCGAAAGCCACGCCAGUCCAGAGGAACCUUUUUUUCUCCACGAUGGUGGCCUCGAGUUCGGCGAGUAUGCUCGUUUCUCUCGACGAUAUCUUUCUGCUGGAGAUGCUUCGAACUCCCCCGCCUCAGCGUCUUCUGGCGACUGCAAACAGCAGAAACACCGUGGGGAAGCCUUCGCGAAACCCUGUAGCGGCACAGGAGUCUUCAGGCGCUCCAGGAGACGCCAGGCGCAGAAGGGACGGUGGAGACAAAAGGCGAACGACCUGCGACACAGAGUUCAAGGUGGCGAAUCCUCUCAGUCCACAGGAAGCGACCGACAGGGCUCUCUGCGGAACGUACAAGUGGAUUUUAAGAAAUCUGAAGACUCUUCGGCGCACUUACGCACUCUACCGUAGAAUUGCAUGCUUUCCAGGACAGGACCCUCUGUCAAUGUCUUUUCUUCAGUUCUGGAUUCUGGCAGCGGAUGCACGGCUUCUCACGGCAGAUCGGCCCUUGAGCAGGAUCCUUAGGGCUCUCGAGGUGGCGACGCAGUUCGCGCCCACCCCGUCAGAGUGUUUGAAUUUCGCGAAAACGAAAAGUCCGUCUGUGGCUCUUGAUAGCUCUUCACGAUCCGAGCCUCUUGGCGACGGGCCAGUGACCCACACACCGUCCACAGACACUAGCAAAAACUGUUUCUCUCUGGAGCCGACAAACGACGCUUUUCGGUCACUUGGUACGGGGGGACCCCACGAAUCUCUCUGUUCUGGAGACAGUCGAUUUCCUCUCGAGAAUGGGCGCGGCUUUCCACCGCUUGCUGGUUGUACAGUUGCCAGUGGCGCUAGCGGUUAUGAUGGAAAUGCCAGCGCGGGGACAAGUGGCAACCUGCAUCUGUCGAGCGCAAUUUCCGAUACGGCUUUCAACACAUCGCAGCCAGCCAUGUCUUCCUUAUCUUCGAGAGAUCGAUCUACACUCGCACAGCCACCACGCGGCACUCCGAAUCACUGCGACGUUGUUGAGCAAAGGCCUCUGCUCCUGUCUUCCUUUCUGAGGGCUCUCGUGCUACUCGCACAAGAUCAGCUUCUUCACGAAGAGGCGGUCAACGCCAACGCCGCUCCACUGGUCACUUCACCGUGGUGUCCGGCGCCGAGGAAGUCUGUAGACGUCGCUCUCUCCAGCUUUACUGUCUCUCUCUUGCAAUUCUAUGAGACGUGCUCUAGCAACGUGGGGGGCGGCAGCCGAAAAGAGAGUUUAAGCAAUCCGACGAUGAAGCGAAACAGCAGCAUGUGCAGUCGAAGCGGCAGAAAAAGAAGCAGUAGUCUCGCGAGCAGACGAAGCAGCCUCAGCAGGAAAAUGGCCUCUCCACAGACGUUUAAGUCACCCUCUCUCGACGCCUUCAAACCGUUCACGGAUCCCGAGAUCCUGCAAGCCUUUGCACCGCUGCGACCUUUUUUCGCUCGUAGAUUUGCCUUUGUGCCCCCCGAUGCUGGACCGAGUUUCACGGGUGAACUGGAGAAAGCAAGCAAAACCAAGAAACAACCACCGGGUGAAAGUGACUUUGAAGAGUAUGUCGAGGCCUCACGACAUCCAGUUUCGUCUGCCUUAACGAACGACACCGUUGAUCUUUCUCCAGCGGCCACGAUGUCGAGAGGUCCGCGUAUGACGGGAUCUGUCUACCUCCAAGAGUUCCUUUUGAUGCUGCGGGUAAGAGGAGUAAUGGGCAUGACACCACAACCGUUUGUAUGCCUACUCAUCCUGCGGUUCUCUUGCCCGCUUUUCGUCUAG